AUGUCCUACUCUACUCCUAGAGUUCUCCUAUCAAAUUUGGCCUUAACCUGUGUGUUUCUUCUGGGCUGCUUCCUUGCUCUCCGUUGGUACAUCAGAGAUUCCUACAGGUUCGGUGGUUUUACUCAGAAACAUGUGUUUAUCACGGGGUGUGACAGUGGAUUUGGGAACCUUCUGGCCAGACAGCUGGACCGGAAAGGCUUCAAGGUUAUAGCCGGAUGUCUCACAGAGAAAGGCGCCUCAGAUCUAGCAGCAGUGACAUCCCCCAGACUGAAGACUCUCCUGCUUGAUGUUACUGACAGCGCAAGCAUCCGGAGUGCUGCAGAGUUUGUGAGCAGAGAGGUGGGGCAGCAAGGUCUCUGGGGUCUGGUGAAUAAUGCUGGCAGGUCUGUACCUGUGGGACCAACAGAAUGGAUGGUGCUGGAAGAUUUUACGAAAGUCUUGGAUGUGAAUCUGAUAGGGGUUAUUGACGUAACCCUUCAGUUUUUACCGCUGCUGAAGAAAGCCAAGGGUAGAGUGGUGAACGUGGCCAGUAUUCUAGGGAGGCUCUCUCUGAUCGGUGGAGGAUACUGUCUGUCCAAAUGGGGAGUGGAAGCAUUCUCAGACAGCCUCAGGAGGGACAUGCAUCACUUUGGUAUUAAGGUGAGCAUCAUUGAACCUGGUUUCUUCAAGACUGCUGUAACCAGUCUGGAUCUAAUCGAGGCCGACCUGAAGAGGCUGUGGACGCGCCUUCCUGAAAACGUUAAGGAUUCAUAUGGAGCGACAUACCUAAAUGACUAUAUGAGAAUGCAGGGCUUCUCCAUGAACAUCCUCCGUUCUCCUGAUAUCUCCAAGGUUACCUGGUGCAUGGAGCACGCUCUCACUGCCCAGUAUCCACGCACACGUUAUGGAGCUGGCUGGGAUGCCAAGUUCUUCUGGAUUCCUCUAUCCUACCUUCCUUCAUUUGUGUCGGAUUUUGUCGUAAAUGUUCUCCUGCCCUCACCUAAAGACGCAAGAACGGGCUGAAUAAAAGAUAACUAAAUAUAUUGUUAAAAAAAACAUGACUGAAAGAUGAAAAUAACCUGGAAUAAAUGAAUACUUUGUAAAUAUUUAAAGUUAAUGCAGUUCAUUGACUAUGUUCCUAUUGGAUUCAUUAUCCUCCUCAUUGCACUUCAUGCAUUUUCAUUCUUACUUUAACUGUAGAUGGACGUAAGUUUAAAGGACACAUUUACUCAUCACCACUGCAUGACUAAGGAUAAGCUUAGUUACAUGGCUAACUUGAAUGACAUGAUUCCCUCUCUUUUUUUUAAUAUUGAGCUUUGAUCAUAAGAACUGACUCUUCAUGUCAUUUCAAAUCCUUUUAUUCACCAAAAGUAUAAAAUAAGUAACCAAAAAGUGAAAUAAAAACUGCUUUGGUUACAUUUAUUUUAAAGGAAUUGUUCGGGUUUCUGUUAUUUUUGUCAGAUCUAAAAUAUAUUUUACAAUUUUCUAAAGGGAUUUUAUUUUAAACUACUUUACCAUGCAUCAUGAUUCUGUCAGUGUCUGAGAAGGUGUUUUAAACCCAGUUGCUUUGAUACAAAAAUAA